AGAUCCCUGAUACUUGUGAAUGUGUUUUUGAGUGCUGUUGGGGUCGACAUGCUUGGGUUGCGGAACGAUGCAGACCUUCGGCCGGUUAUCUGGGUCUUCAAGUAUUACCUCAUAUCAUACCUUGCAUGGACAUAUGAGGAUUAUUUUCGACAUUCAUAUCUUCUGUCAUUUCUGACAGUCCUGGUGAUUUCUUACUACUCCUUCGCUGGAGCAACGAUCACUCAUAACACGAUGCAUUCCAAAGUUUUCUAUGGCAAGUGGGCGAACAGGAUCUGGCAAGUUCUUCUCUCCUUGACCUACGGGCAUCCUGUCAGUUCCUUCGUUCCAGGCCACAACCUGAGUCAUCACCGAUACACACAACUCCUUCAGGAUCCCAUGAGAACCAGCAAGCUGCGGUUUCGAUGGAACUUUUUGAAUGGCCUGUUGUUUCAGCCCAUCGUUGCAGGAGAUGUCUUCAAGGCGGAUGUGAGAUACAUCAACAUGCAGAGCAAGAUUCAGACUGCCAGGGCUCAAGAGUUCUACACGAACUGCAUGCGCGAGUUCUCUAUCGUCGGCUUGACGACGGUCCUCCUGCUCGUGCUCGACCCCCGCAAGUUCUUCGUCUACGUCUGGUUUCCUCAUUUCUUCGCUCAGUGGGGUAUCGUGUCGAUGAACAUGCUGCAGCACGACGGCUGUGACCUUGUCCCUAGCCUUGUGAGGGAGGAAGCAGUAGAGAACUGGAACGGCAGCAGAAACUUCGUGGGUCCCCUAAUCAACUACCUGACAUUCAACAACGGAUAUCACACUAUUCAUCAUCUCCAUCCUACUAUGCAUUGGUCUAGGCUGCCGGAAGAGCACGAGCGAGUAGUCAAGCCGAAGAUUCAUCCUUCGUUGGAUGAGCGCUGCAUGGCGAGGUACAUUGUCCGUGCUUUCAUCUACCCUGGAAAGCGACUGGACUACCUUGGGAACGAGGUCAAAGUACCAGCAGAGCCCGAGCCCGAGGACGCUGAUUGGACUCAAGACUACGCGCCUGAUGGGCUCAAACCUCAAGAUUAUCAGGUAGACAUGAGCUGGAAGGGUAUCCUCCGAGCUCUGCCGCUCAUCCCCCUCAAACUCCUGGCGCCUCUCUACUCCCCUGUGCAUAAGAUCGCCUAAAAAGCGUUCGCUCCUCCUAUACUCAACGUCUUCAUUCGUGUGAUAACAUCACUAUGACGCAGAAUGAAAUAAAGCCAUUCAUGUCGG